AUGUAAACAAAACUACCAAAGAGGGAAAAAAAUUACAUCCUUAUAAUUAACAAAGAAAUUACCUCUAUUUUAAGGUUAUUUACCGUGAUUGACGUAUCUAACAGAGGUAGUAAAUCACCGUGAGGAUAUUAAGGAGAGACUGGUGAGGAUAGCAACCAUGCCAAACACAGCAGAGGUAUUCAUGAAGGUUGGUUUUGGCUCCUCAGCUGCCCAGAAGCGGCUGCAGAAGGAACUGAUGUCACUCCUUAAGGAACCUCCACCAGGAGUGACCGUGGACGUGGAUCAAGCCCAUACUAAGCUGACUGAGUGGGUGGUCCACAUGGAAGGCGCGUCUGGUACAUUAUACGAAGGAGAGAAAUUUCAAUUGCACUUCAAAUUCUCACCUAAAUAUCCCUUUGAUUCUCCUGAGGUAAUCUUCGUAGGUGAUAACAUACCUAUCCACCCUCAUAUAUAUUCCAACGGCCAUAUCUGCCUUAGUAUCUUAACAGAAGACUGGUCGCCUGCUCUCUCCGUUCAAGCUAUCUGCCUAUCGAUCAUCUCUAUGCUAUCAUCCUGUAAAGAAAAGAAGCGACCUCCAGAUAACAGCUACUACGUCAAAACCUGCAGUGCCAACCCCAAGAAGACCAAGUGGUGGUAUCAUGAUGAUACAGUAUGAUAUGACCCCAGAGACAGUACUUGACCCCUAAACAAGCUACGUGUCGUU